AUGGCCGAUUCCAUGACCGGAAGUGUAGAGCAGUGUGCUGUAGAAUGCGUUACUGUGUCAUGUGCAGCUUUCUUGUACGACACCUCCGCAAUGACCUGCAGGCAAUUGUCAAAACCUCUCACUGCAGACAUCAUCACAACACAUCCAGAGAUGAAGGCGGUGCAGUACUAUCUGUCCGAUAUAGGAUGUGGUGAGGAUGACUGGACCCUCUACAGAAAACACUGCUACCGUUAUUACGACAUCGAACUCUCCUGGGAUAAUGCCAAGACUGUGUGUGAAGGUGACAACUCUUCCCUCGUACAGUUGGAGACGGCAGACGAAGCAUCAUGGUUAUUGUCAACUAUAGUACCAAACGGUGAACCAGUGGACCCUUUUAAUAACUGUACUUGGGUAGGAGCAACAGAUCGAGAAGUUGAGGGAACUUUUAAGUGGAUUGUUGGUUAUGGUGACAUCACUUCGCUGCCUUGGUACGGGAGACAACCUGACAAUUCCCAUGGCGGGCAGGACUGUCUCGCUGUCAUGCGCAAUGCCCAUUUUGAUGACGCUAAGUGUGCUGAUAGAAAAGUGUUCGUGUGUGAGAAGGAACAUUGA